CAAUUACUAGUUCGUUUUUGGAUUUUGCCUACAUAUUUGUUUGAAGGAGAGUGAUGGCAGCCAUUGAAGCUAAUCCAGUGGAAAGAAAUCCGGAACUGUCACCGGUGGCGCCGCUUGCGCCGGUGACCAUCGAUCGUCCCGUGCGUACCGACCUCGAAACUUCAAUCCCUAAGCCCUAUAUGGCAAGAGGAUUAGUUGCUGCAGAUAUGGACCAUCCUGAUGGAACUCCGGGGCGUAAUCAUCGUGGUAUGAGUGUGCUUCAGCAGCAUUGUGCUUUCUUUGAUCUAGACGACAACGGUAUCAUAUAUCCAUGGGAAACCUUUGCUGGACUCCGGAAACUCGGGUUCAAUAUUGUUGUAUCACUUUUCCUGGCCCUUUUCAUCAAUUUGGGCUUGAGUUAUCCUACACUCCCAGGAUGGUUUCCUUCUCUUCUAUUCCCUAUAUACAUAUCUAAUAUACACAAGGCCAAGCAUGGAAGUGCCUCUGAAACUUAUGAUAGGGAAGGAAGAUACUCCCCAGUGAAUUUUGAGAACAUGUUUAGCAAGUAUGGUAGAACAUCCCCAGAUAAGCUUACAUUUAGAGAGUUGUGGGACAUGACCGAAGGCAACAGAGAAGUAUUCGACUUUUUUGGAUGGAUUGCGAAUAAGGUGGAGUGGGGUGCUCUCUACUUUCUAGCUAGUGAUCAAGAUGGCUUGCUGUCGAAAGAGGCCAUUAGGCGCUGCUACGAUGGCAGUUUGUUCGAGUACUGCGCCAAGAUGCAAAUGCAGCCCCAGACCAAGACCGACUAGUGGCAUACAAAUCCUUGUUGUCCUUAUGUUGGAGACUAGUUAUGUAUGUAAGAGUAACUUAGAACUACUAAUGACAAUGUAAGAUAACAUGAAAGUUUGAAUGGAAUAAAUUCAUAUAUACGUCCAAAAUUUUGGUUUCAA